AUGGAUGACGUAUUCAACAUUUUUAAAAAAAAAAAUAAAACAAAUAAAAGAGUAUCCACCGCUACGGCGAAGGAAGAAAGUCCAAAUGAAAGAAAAAAAAAACUUUUCAAUUAUAAUAGGAAAAAUCCAAGAAGGGCACACAACGAGGAAGACACGUACAAUAACUACGAAGCUAAUAGAAGCACAAAUAAUAAAGAAAAUAAUGCAAAUAAAAAUAUCGAAAAUAUUGUCCUUGUAGACUUCCCUCCAUUACCAUUAAAAAAUGUAGAAGCUUGCAUUUCCUUCUACUACAUACAGUAUUUGAGAAAUCAGCUAAUAUAUGGAAACAGAAAUAUAAAAUUGGAUGAAAAUGCAAAAAUGAUGGGUGAGACCUUGUUAGAUAAAAUUGAAAAUUCUAUUUAUGAGUACGAACAUGAUAAUUCAGAGGAAGAUAGUUACAAAAAAGAGAUAAGAAUUAUUACAUUCAAAUCUAUAUAUGACAGAUUCUAUAAAAUUUUAUCUACUUUAUUUACCUACGCGGAAAGUAUUCCUAUGCCGAACAAUUUAUACGAAUACGUAUUAAACAAUGGAGUUUAUGUAAGGUCCAAAAAGAAUUUGGAUUUUAACAGCAGGGAAAACAUACACAAUGUCUAUUCCUACCUGGACAAUGUAGAUGUCGGAGAAAACGACUUAUCUUUUAAUGAUGAAAAAAUUUACAUUGAUAAUAUUGAUAUCAGUAGACCUACGAUUUUGAACAAGACACUAAUUAAUGAAGAUAUUGAUAUUGAGUAUUUACCGCUUAAGUUGAACUCCUCUUAUCACUACAAUAACAUACAGUACGCUAAACUUUUUCUAAAUGACGCUGUGAAUAUGUCUCUCUACGAUCGGGCCCUGGGCGAACUCGUCGUUGUUAAGGCGCUCGUGGACACUCCCCCUUUGCCUACGACAUUUGUGGAGGGAUUCGAUAUAAAAGAAAUGAAAGCCGGUGAAAGGCAAUGGAUGCCCAUUUAUCUGGCCAUCACCCUUUCCUCCUUUACCUACGUCGACGUAGAGUUUCCCUUCUGGUUCUACAUAAAGAACUUCAUAAACAUAAAGGAAGAGGAAUACAAAAAUCAAAAUGAGCUCUUUGAGCUCCCUUCUCCUUAUUUCUUCGAGAUUUGCUUCAUGUUCAUUGACCAGAAAAUAUUUUCGAAGGUCACUCCGAUAGAAACGGUAGGACAGAAGAGCUACUUCAAGUACAUGUCUAAGGUUGCAGGCUACGUUGAAGACAUCAGGCACUGCAGGACGGAGAAAAUAAUAAGGCACCUAGAGCAACAAAAUGUGCACUCGUCCCACAUCUAUAUCCCAAAUUUACAGCACUCCGAGACACACCUAAUCAACUUAACCUUAUACAGCUUUUGGAAAUAUGACAAGGGCUUAAACGAAAAGGCUAACUCCAUAGAUUUUACCUCAUACCUUUUGGAACCUUUCAUAAAAGACGAAGAGGACGAAAAGGACGCGAACCUCCUGCAGGACCUUUAG